AUGCGUCUCAUCGAAGCAGUCAAACAUAGUCGUUGUCUAUAUGACUCAACGGAUCGGCAAUACAGGAGCACCGAGUACAAGAUAAAGGUGUGGAAUCGCCUGGUGCAAGUUCUUCAGUUUGAUGGAGACUCACGGACAUUAUACGCAAGAUGGAAGCAACUGCGAGACAAAUAUGGGAAAGAGAAAAGGAAAGUGAAAUAUCAAGGAGAUCAGUCAACCUGGCAGUACUACAAGCAUCUAUCAUUUCUUGAUCCCCACAUGAUUGAUCGCACAGCAAUCGAAUCGCCAGCAAGAAAGGAGCAUCCUGAUGUGCAGGUGACCGUUACGGACCCAUCUUUCGGCACGAAUUUGAUAGAAGAAGUACGUGCUCAUCCUUGUCUUUUCGAUAUACGAGAUCCAAAAUACAGACAUUCUGAAUGUCGUAAUCAAGCCUGGAACAGCGUUAUAGCGCACUUAAAUUAUCCCGGUGAUGUGAAUUCGAUCUAUAAGCAGUGGAAGAAAAUUCGUGAUCGAUAUGUUCGAGAAAAGAGGAGGCUACGUAUGCAAAGGGAUAAUGGUGUGCAUGAUGACAGCACCUGGGAUCUAUACCCUGCUAUGGCAUGGAUUGACCCAUUUCUGGAUGAAAGGGCUCAGUUGUUACGACAUGUGAAAAGAAAGCAUGAUGAUGAGCUAUCAGAUUAUGGCGAAUUGGAUGACAUGGUCAGGUCGGGGUCUGGUAUGGGAUAUAUGGUCUCUGAUAAAGGAAGAAAUGAAGGUGGCGCUGAUGUACUUUUGGAUGGUGACAGUGCUUUUGCUGCUUCAGCGGUCUCGGAUUUACGUACUCUACCGGAACAUGCACGAGCGCUAGCAAAGGCGCAAAUAGAAGCGAUAUUCGACUCUGGGAGAAUGAAUGUGCACGCGGACUUCUGA